AUGGGACUCUCUGGAGGUGAAGUGGCCAAGUGUGUUGGGAAUGUAAUAGUGCUGGGAAACCAAAAUGAGAACAUAAGUCCAGAAAACAUCAGCCGGAUUCUGGACCAGCUUCUUGAGGGCUACGACAACCGACUGAGGCCUGGAUCAGGAGGUUCUGUCACUGAAGUCAAAACUGAUAUAUUUGUCACCAGUUUUGGACCUGUGUCAGAUGUUGAAAUGGAGUUCACGAUGGACAUGUUUUUCCGUCAAAUGUGGGUAGACGAGAGGCUGGUGUUCAACGGUCCCAUCGAGAUCCUGCGCUUAAACAACCGCAUGGUGGACAAGAUUUGGACUCCAGACACCUUUUUCCGCAACUCGAAGAAAUCCUUGGUUCACAACAUGACAACGCCGAACAAGCUGUUUCGCAUCAUGCAGAACGGCACCGUCUUCUACACCAUGAGGCUGACUGUGAAUGCAGACUGUCCCAUGAUGCUGAUGGACUUUCCCAUGGACGGCCAUAUUUGUCCUCUCACCUUUGGAAGCUAUGCUUACACCAGCAGUGAGAUUAUUUACACGUGGAGGAAAGGCCUGGAGAAGUCUGUAGUCAUCCCUCCAGAGUCCUCCAACUUACUGCAGUAUGACCUCAUCGGACAGAUGCUCUCUAACAAAAUACUGAAGAUCAAAACAGGCCAAUAUUCCGUCAAGGUAGUCCAUUUCGUCCUCCAGAGGAAGCUCGGAUAUUAUCUGAUCCAAACGUAUAUCCCCCUCAUUAUGGUGGUCGUCCUGUCCCAAGUGUCGUUCUGGAUCAACAAGGAGUCCGUGCCUGCUCGCACCGUCUCUGGAGUCACCACCGUCCUCACCAUGACCACAAUGAGCAUCAGCGCACGCUCUUCUCUACCCAAAGUGGCCUACGCCACUGCCAUGGACUGGUUCAUUGCUGUCUGUUUUGCCUUCGUGGCCUCGGCCCUGGUCGAGUUUGCUGCCGUCAAUUACUUUGCUACGCUGGAGGCCAACAGGAUGAGACAUCAACUCUCCAGAGCUUCUGCCCUGGGGUCCAUCGCUGAGGGGAGUGAUGAUGAAGAUGAGUCGACGAUAUCUGACACAAGCACUGGAGAACGACAAAGGAGGAGGAUGAACUCCGUUUCAGACGCCCCAAAAAUGCGCCUGCCCAUCUUCCUGCAGCAGGGUUCAGCCAUCCCUCCGAACAUUAUACUGGCUGGCCCCAGUAUCAUUGACCAGUAUUCUCGCGUGCUCUUCCCACUCGCAUUCGCCAUCUUUAACAUCAUCUACUGGUACAUCUACCUCAGCAAGGAUACCGUGGAGAAAUCAAGCCUGGGUGAGCCUGUGCCCACUGUUGCCUCACAUUCCACUUCUUCGAAGACAGGAGUUGAACUCCACACCAAAUAA